UUGCCGCUUCCCGCAAUGCAUUGCAUUCUGGGCUGGCUCACCACGCGACUGCUUCAAGCGUCUCAGUCAGUGCGGGAGUUCCAAAGAGGCGUGGCCCGCCCUCUCGCGCACAGUUGUGGCUUUACCUCCCCCGCUCCUUGCCAGAACUCAAGUUCUCGGUGUUUCGUCCAAUCGGAAGCGGCUGCGACGGUAGGCGAGAGGGGACAUGCUUGGCUUCUCCGGGUAUGGCUAUCGCGGCGCUUUGCGGCAGGCGCUGCCUGGGGGUCGUUGCUAGCUGGGGAACAAGGAGGAUGCUUUGCCAGGAGCAAAGCGAGCCGCCCAGGAUUUUCCAGCACAUUCACUGGGGAGAGGAGAGCUAAAGAUGACCAAAUCUUUGAUGCCCUGGGGACCCUGGAUGAAUUAAAUUCAGCCAUAGGAUUAAGUGCUGAAUUUGGCAGCGAAUGUGGCCAUUCCUUUGUGAAAGAGCUUCACAAGGUCCAGUGUAUGCUGCAGGAUGCCGGCUCAAACGUCGCAACCCCUGUCUCCACAGCCAGAGAGUCCCACUUAAAACAAACGUCAUUCAGUGAAAAGCCCAUAUUGGAGCUGGAAACGUGGAUUGAUAGAUACACAGACCAGCUUCCACCACUCACGGCUUUCAUUUUACCUUCCGGCGGCAAGAGCAGCGCUGCCCUCCAUCUCUGCAGAGCCGUCUGUCGCAGAGCUGAGAGGCGUGUUGUUCCUUUGGUGAAAACCGGAGAAGCGGAUGCAAAUGUAGCCAAGUAUUUGAACAGACUUAGUGACUACCUGUUUGUUCUGGCCCGCUAUGCUGCAAUGAAAGAAGGGAAGAAAGAGAAAAUCUAUGUAAGAACCGAACCCUAAGAUGAGGCCAUGAUGCAAGAUGUGGCAUGUGUGAACUUCAGCCAGAGAUGACGAGAGUUAAAAUGCAAAUAAUCUGAUCUGUUGGGAAGCCCUCCUGAGAAAGAAUUCAAAGUAUACCAGUCCAAGUCAUUGGCCAUUUUGCAUUGGACAGCAAUUUAGUUGAGAGAAUUCAGAGUGAUUGUGAAAAAUAAACACCUUUAUGUAUUUAA